UCGGAAGGCUUCGUUGAAGUUGCGCGAGAACGGACCAAAGAGCUGCUUCGGCCGCCGAAAACCGUGAUUGGAAGACUUUUCCCAGUUCACGUAGGACUAAGGAUCGAGAUGAAGAUUUUCUUCGCGGUCGCCCUGACCAUCCUCGUGUGCGAGGUUUCAGCCGACACUGCUUCUGGGGACCACACUUCGGAUGAUAGCAAGUUCGGCAAAUGGAGGAGUUGCCUUGCUUCGAAACUACCGGCCGACAAGCAGAAGGUCCAUGAAGACUGCUUCAAGAAGCCUGGUGGAACCGAUAUGAGCAAGUUCCGCAGAGGACUGAGCUGCGUGCUCGACAGCUACGGCGUUGUUAAGGAUCAUAAGAUCGACCAAGCGAAAAUGGCCUCCACCGCCACCUCGAUCACGUCCCCGGAAUUGAAAAAAGCCUUCACAGAAUGUCCCAAAGACGACAAGAACGUCUCCGAGGACCGAACCAUCAAGUGCGUUAUCGAUAAUCUGGAGACUACCUGUAAGCUUUCAACUUGAGCGAUAGAGUUCAUCGUGAGCUAUUUGAGAACCCAGAGGGAAUCACGAUCAAUUCUAUGGGGAUUAUGAAUUCUGAACCUGUAUGAGGACUUGCUAUCCGAGAAUAAAUUCCAACGUAUUUUCUUCUU